UAAAUUGAAUGCUGCUAGUGUUUUGGAAGUUGGAGGAGUGAUGGAGCUGGAGAGGGUAGAGGCGAUAGUGGACGAGGAGGAGGAGGGCGAGGGCGGCGGCCUCGAGGCGAGGCAGCGGCGGCGGAAGGCCGACAGCUACGGAGCUCCGCCGCAGGCGGAGGAGAGCAGCGGCGAAGAAGCCGAGGAAAGUUGCCUCUCUGACGACGCCGACCCAGUUUGGACUAGUGGUGUGGAGCUCAAAAAGAAUGACCAGAAUGUUAUACAGGAGGAACUUGCAAAUGGAAAGUCGACAUCUGAUAUUGUUGAUGAUCAUAAGGGUAUUACAACUGAAGGAGAAAAUCAAAUGCUGAAGAAUGCAAAUGUGGAGAAUGGAUCCAAACCGCAGGAUUAUCCCAAAGUUCGGACUAAUAUAAUGACAAAAAGUGAAGAAAUAACAGUUUUUGAACACAUAACAGUACAAAAAAAGAAUGCCUUGGAAGCAGUAGAAUUUGAUCUUGAGAGGAUAUUAGAUGAACAAGAUACUCAUGAUUUAUAUUGUCCUAAUUGUAAGUCAUGCAUAACAAAAAGAGUGAUAUUACGUAAGAGAAAGAGGACAGUUAAGGAAAUCCAACACGAUAUGCCAUCCAAAAAAGCCCAUGAAGAGCAAUAUGUUGUUGAGAAGACAGUUACAGAAGCUUCACCAGAUCAUUUAACAAAUCGAGAUGAUGCACAAGAACCAGACAUUUAUAGAUGUUUAUCAUGCUUCAGCUUUUUCAUUCCUAUAGUGGGUGGUUUUAACAUAUUCCGUAUAUUUGAGAAAGGAAAGGAAAUUUCCAAGAAAGUGUCUGAAGAAAAGGUGGACUCCACUUCAUCUAUGGUUAAAGUGGAUGAAAUCAAAAGCAAAGGAACUGAACCAGGAAUUUCAUCACCCGAUGAAUCAUCUAGCAUCAGUAGUAGGGUUGAUCAACUGGUACAGAAGGAUACGGCACCAUCACCAAGUUUUCCAGGUUCUCUGAACUUUGUGGAGGGUCAAAGUAUUUCUCAAAACAAUGAUGGUCUGUUGAUUACAAGAGACAGAAAAGGAAUAUUUAACCGGGAGAUAACUGCUGGUGGAGGGGAAAUGGAUGAUCAUUCCCAGGUAAAGCCAAACCUUGGAAUACCUAUAGAAGCAGGAGAGCUUGAUGAUAAUGGUAUUGCUACUGAAGCAAUUGAUGCAGAUAUUCCAGUUAGUGGAUUUCCCACUGUUGGUUUCUUUGAACAAUUGAAGGAACAAAUAGAACACUAUGAUCCUUCCACUCAGAUUAUAUCCACACCUGGAGCUACUAUUCAGAUUGAAGAAUUCACUGAUACUGUGAUUAAAGUUGGUGAUUUUAUAACAAAGAGUGAUACAGAUAGUGCUCAAAUAACUUUUCGAAGUGAGCAGAAAAUUGAAGGUUCACAAACAACCACUACAAAUGUGUUACUGCGACCAGAUGAUGUCCAGAUUGCCGUACCUGAUCAAACUUUCAGAGAGAGUGAAAUAAGCAAUAGUUGGGAUCUACUUAAAAGUAUUGUUUUUGGAGGUCUGACUGAAUCAAUUACCAGCCUAGGAGUUGUCUCAUCAGCUGCUGGUGUUGGUGCUUCAACUUUGAACAUCUUUGCUUUGGGAUUGGCAAAUCUAAUCGGUGGAUUUCUUGUAAUUGUACAUGAACUCUUUGAGCUUCGAGCUGUUCAAGACCACCCUACUGAACAGACGGAUGAACGAGUUGGCCGAUACUGGGAAGUACUAGGCCAAAGAGCAAAGUUCCGCCUUCAUUUCGUCGUCGCCAUAAUCUCGUACAUUAUCGUUGGCCUACUGCCUCCAGUUAUUUAUGGUUUCUCAUUUUGGAAGAGUGACAACAGGGAGUACAAGCUCCUGUCUGUUUCUGGGGCAUCUCUUCUAUGCAUAGCUCUGCUGGCAAUAGGGAAAGCACAUGUUAAGCCUGAAAAGCCAUAUCUAAAAACUCUUUUCUACUACCUGAGCCUCGGUGUGUCGGCAUCGGGUAUUUCAUAUGUGGCUGGGGUGAUGGUCAACACCCUGAUCGAGAAGCUCGGUUUGUUUGAUCACACCGCAGCUCCCUCUUCACAGACCACAUUUCUGCCUCAAGUUUCAAGCUCAAGAGUAUUAUCAUCACCAUGGGCAUCUUCUUGAGUUCGGUGUUUUUCUCUGAUGGAGCUUAUUCUCGGAGAGAUCUUAAACUUAUUCCAACACCAUUACGAAUUAUUUUACUAAGCCAGAGCUUCAAUUUGCAUUAUGCGCAAAUCUUUUUUUUUUCCUUUCUUUGGAAUUGUCUUACCAUAAGAAAACUUGUGGGCAACACUGUUGUAUCGAUGGGUCCCCAGUUCUUUCUCUACCGUUUCAUUAGUUAAUGAUAAUCUCUUUAUCUCUCGAUUAUAA